AUGGCACAACCAAACGGCGCACACACGAACGGUGCCAACGACACACACGUCUCAGCCGCCGCUCUCACCACCGCUGCACCUGUAGCGGGUGGUUUACAGGCCUCCAUGGCGCCAACGGCGUCCACCAUUUCCGCGAUGCCGCACACAAACGGCACUACCAUCGCCUCGUCCGCCGCAUCCACCAACGGCACAAGCAUCCCACCCGCUGCUUCAUUCCCGACAGCAUCGUCCGCGCCAUCAGUUGACACACAAACCGGCAUGGCACCAUCCUUGGGCUCGUCGCCUGAGAACGCACCACCGCCACCACCGGUCAACAGCCCGGCAACAGUGGCGCCAAACGCCGUCGACUCGAUCACCACUCGCCUCGACACACUUCUUUCCGGUCCUGCUCCCGCUCCUCGUAUCAGCGUCUCGAGUUCGCCAACCUCAAACGCUUUGGUGGGCAUCGGGGAGCUGACAUUCGGUCGUGCGGAGUUUGCGGCGGCGAUGCAGAAGGCGGUCGAGGAUGCCUAG